AUGCCAAGAAUCUCAAACCGGGAGCGGCUUCGGCGAGAAAUUACCACCAGCUUAGCACUCUCAGAGCCGCCGUUGAUCAAGCUCGGUGCGUCGGCACGUACUCAUCUACAAGAAGCCAGUGAUGAUGACGACGAGACCGACAUGUUACUGGAGCUACACUACGUAGUAGAGACGUCUCGCUACACCAUUCCUAGGAACCGCCGAGGCCUUCGAUCCUCACAAGUGCCUCACUACCUCUACGACUUGCCAUCGGACAAGUUCCUGUCAAAUUUUCGAGCAUCAAGGCCUGCGAUCUUUGAUAUCGUAGGCCUGAUACAGGUUAGCUGGGUGGCCGGGAUCUGCCCACGACAACCGCGUGUGGAAAAACCCAAAGAUUUUUCUCAACAGUGA